AUGGUGGUAGUGGUAGUGGUUUUAGGCUUGAGUAGUGGUGGUAAUUCUGCUUUCAGGGAAGAACCGCAGAAGAGAAGAUGCAGUUUUGAGAAACUGAGAAAAGACUCGGUGAAGUUCACAAAUGAUAUUAAUAUUUUGCACAAGUCGCCUCUGUUUGAAGAUCUGAAGUAUGGAAUUUUUCCCCAAGUUUGUUUCAUGCUCAACGACCAUCAGUACACUCAUGGGUAUUAUCUUGUGGAUGGUGUCUACCCAAAAUGGUUCACCUUGGUUCAAUGUUACCGCCAUCCUCCUGUCGGUGCAUUGGGCCAUUCAUACCGGCAUUUUAACAACCGCCAAAUGGCAGUGAGGAAGGAUGUUGAACACACUUUUGGAAUUUUGAAGAGGAAGUUCGAUAUCAUUUGUGGGCCAUAUCGUGUUUUGGGUGCUCGUGAAAUGCACAAGACUAUGCUCACUUGUAGAAUUCUCCAUAACAUGGUUAUUCAGGAAACCCAUCGCGAUAAGGAGUGGACUAACUAUGAAGAUGAAGAUAUGAGGCCUGAGAUUCAACCACAAAGAGGCGUGCCUGCAAGAAAUUAUGCUCAAAUGACUAAUUAUAUUCAGAAUCAGAAUUUAUAUGGUAGUUUAAGAGAUGAUCUGAGAGUGAAUCUUUGGGCAGAGCAUGGAAUAGCGGGUCGGAGUAAUUAUUAA